AUGGCAGGAAAAGAGUUGGACCUGUUCGUUGAAGAUGAAGUAUGCAAGAAGAAAGAUGACGGUGGCUAUGAAUUCGGCUUCGUGUUAGAAAAUUCAGAAUAUUUUAGUAGCGAAGACGAGGAAGAAGAUCGUCUACGCCAUGGUACUGUCAAAGUGGUGUGGCAUCCUGAGGGAAAUGACGCGAUAGAAACGGAAAGCAAGGUGAUUUUGGCAGACAGAUCCUUGAUGCCUGGAGAUGUGAUAAGAAAAUUGAUUGUCGGAGAAAAUAGUCCUCGUGGAUUUGUGCAAGACACUACUAUGAAAUGUCAUCUUCACAUAAUUGGAACGAAUAAAUAUCUUUACAAUGUAGAUACUAAAGAUUUAAGGCCUUUACAGGGAUUUGAGAUUGAUGCAGGGGAGGUAACUAUGGAUUCUUGGGUUGGACGUCCUGAAAUGGUGAAUCAACAGAUCCAGGUUGUCUUUCCUGAUGGAGCUAGAUGUCUCAUUAUGGACACAGAUCUUUGCAUGUUGGAGUGCACAAGUAAUGUUAUGAAUGAUGAAUCUGAGUUUAACUAUGACAGCUGUUAUUAUCGUGGGCAAACUUUUUCUGGUUACAUCAAAGAUUUCAGAGAUGCCAGAUGGUUAAACCAAACAAAACGACACAAUGCUAGACGUGCAAAGAUAUCAAAGCUGCCUGUAUGUGUCCAGGUGGAAGAUGUAACUGUUCGCUCUGUUGAGGUUCAGUGGCUGUGUAGGGGCUUCACCAAGAUGGAUGACUCCAUCGCAAACAUGGAACAUCCGCCUAAUGAUGUGAAGGCUAAAGAUCUUGAUAGACUACAUAUACUAGAAGGCUUUACGCACUGUGGAGUACAGAUUGGUGAUAAAAAGAAAUAUGUGAUCAAAGCAAGUGAUGUAAUGACAGAGGUUCCUCCUAAAGGAAACUUAAUACCAGACAUUGUCACCAGAAACAAUUUAUUGACUUUUAAAGAUGGCAUUAGUCCAGUAUUUACUCCAGUCAAGUCUUUGUCUAUAAGUUCACCAGAAUGUUCAAAAUUUUCCAAAAAUACAUUGCUGAUGAAGCUUAUACACGAUGAGAAUGUUGAUCCUGACAAAAGCACGGAACCUAGCUGUGAUAAAGAUGAUACUGAUAAUAUGUCGGAUGAGUACGAGUCGAUGGAUGAUGAGGAAGAUGAGGUUGAAGAAACGGAAAAGAAUGAAAAAAAUUCUGAAGCUGGAAAGACAGAAAGUAGAGUGAAAGAAGUGGGAACAAAGAAGUCUAAAACAAAGAGAAAAGGAGAAAGAUCCAAGUUGAAACCUCUAGCAAAAUUUGAGGACAUUAAUCUUCCAUGUGAUCCUGGCUCACUAGUGGCUGUUGAAGUUUGUUAUACAUUUUCAACAGCAAACAUAAUGUGGCAGAAUGGAAAGGAAGAAACAGGGACUCCAUCUCCUGACUUAUAUCCCAUUCAUCACCUUGACGAACUGGAAUUUUUUCCUGGUGACUUUGUGGUCGAUUCAAAAGAAAACAAUAAUGGGAAGUGUGGUAAUUAUGGUGUAGUGACCAGCUGUGACCAUUUGGCCAGAACCUGUAUGGUCAGAUGGAUGAAGACUGUUGACAUAGCCAAAGGGGAAAGGCCAGACGAGACUGUUCCUACUACAGAGGUCAGUGUGUAUGAUAUCAAGGACCACUCAGACUUCAAGUUCCGACCUGGCCACACAGUCAUACGAGUAGCUGAGCCUUCAAAUGUUUCAGAUAAUACUCCUGCUGUAGGACAGGUUCACAGACUCGACCCACAUGGAUCCCUACAUAUACGCUGGCCUAAUGGGGAGAUAACUCACUGUUACCCUCAGGAACUCUACAUUGUAGGGGAAGAGAUGAGUGAGUUUGACAGUGACUCGGACUGGGAGACAACAGAGGAAGACGAUGAUGAUGAGGAGGACAGUGAUGCAAGCUGGGAGACAGAAAAUGAAGAAGAAGUUGAUGAUGACACCAACAAGUCAACAACACCAGAUGCAAAAGAAGCAGAGUCAUCAUGGUUCCAAGUACAACAGAAAAGAGAAGAGUUGGUUUCUUUUAUACACAGAGCUCAGACUGCACUUAGUAAACUUGAAGCAAUUUUUGUAAAUGUUCAAAGUGACUUUAGAAUUCAGAACCCAGAACAAUGUUUUCAAGACAUUAUAGCAAUUUACCGCAAGUGCAGAGAAUUAGAUAGAAUUAUAAAAUCCUCUUACUUUGAUAGUCCAGACAUUGUAGGGUUAAUUGAAGAUAUCAGGGCAAAACUACGCAAGGAAAAGUGCAAUAAGAUCAACCGACAUUUGAUACAGGUGUUCGAAAAUAGAAGAGGACAAAGUAUAAAGGGUCAGAAUGGUGAGGGAAGCAUGUCACAGGUGUCGACAAGUGUUCAGACCGAUAUGAAUGAAGAGUCAGGCAUUUGUAGGAGUGUAGCAUGUGUUCAGACUGAUGAUUCAGCAACUGGCAUGGAAGUUCAAUGUGAAGAAGUUAUUCACGCUGAUGUAGCUGCUACUAAUGACUACGAGAUGUUGUCAAUGGAAUGUAAAGAGAAAAAUAACUGUCGGGUUACAGAGGAAACCUGUGAUCUCAAUGGGGACAGAGAUGGUUGUUCUAAGGAGGAGUCUCAGCAACAAAGUUUGUGUAAUGGUAUAGUAAGUAAUUCCAGGGAGAAUUCUUCAGAUAGGAGUACAACGGAGAAGGAUACAGAGAAAGAUACGGGUAGUAAUUCAGAGGCGACCCCUCCGAAUGACAAAAGCCAGCAGACUGAUUUAGCUGCAGAGAGUGAAGCUAAAACAAGAGACAAAAAUGUUGAAUUGUGUUCUCAGAUAUGCAAACAACUACGCAAACAGAUGACGAGAAUGCAGGAGGAAGUAAAUAAAAGGAGUAGUCAGGCAAUCGCACAAGCCUCCUCGACCUCUAUUUCACCUUCUUCUGAAGCAUUGCCUAUUUCUCAGGAAGGUGACAAUGUCUCGCCAGAAUCUGCAGAGGCUGGACUAACUCUAGCUACUACUGAUUCAUCACUCAUUCUUAAGAAUAGUGACCCAUUGAAAACUGAGAAUGGAAAUAACAUAGCGCAAGUGUCAGAGAGCAUGAGCACAACGGAAGCCAAGUGUGAAGUUACUGACAUGGAAGUGAAAUCAUCCGAGGCCAGUGAGAGUGUCACAGAAAAAGCAGUUCAGGAUAGUGAUACUAGUGGUUUGGUUUCUGCUGAUUGCUCUGUUGAAGUUCCUUCCCCAAUUGACUGUAACAGUCUGGAUAUUAGUACAGAGGCUAUAGAGCCCAUCAGCAAGGAAAGAGGAAGUUUUAUACUGGAGUCUGAAGUGCCUCCAAGUCAUAAUUUCCGGUCCAAAGAACCUGUAACAAUUUCAAAAGUAUUCAUGACUGCAGUUAAGAAAGAGUUGAAGCUGCUACAGUCCAGUCUCCCACAUGGCAUCACUGUGAAAGGGUUUGAAGACAGAGUGGAUUUAUUCUCUGCAAUGAUAAUGGGCCCAGCCAAAACGCCAUACGAGGAUGCUCCUUUCUUCUUUGACAUUCACUUGCCAGCUGACUACCCCAACUGUCCACCCUUGUUUCACUACAUAGCCUUCUGCUCAGACAGGUUAAACCCCAAUCUGUAUGAGGAUGGCAAUGUGUGUGUGAGUCUGUUGGGAACUUGGGAAGGCAAGGACAAAGAAAAUUGGACCUCCGGCUCAAAUCUUCUCCAAGUACUAGUUUCCAUUCAAGGCCUGAUACUUGUGGCAGAACCCUAUUUCAAUGAAGCCGGAUAUGAAAGACAAAAAGACACUCAAUUGGGGAGUGAAAACAGCAAAACCUAUAAUGAAAUGGCCAUACUGAAGUUGGUGCAGAGUGUCACCAAGAUGAUACAGCGACCACCUUAUAGCUUUACAAUAGAAACACUGGAGCACAUCAGAAAGUGUGGAAGGAGAUUUGUACGUAGAAUUGAACACUGGAUUUUACUAACAGAGCAGAAAACCAACUCCAGAAGUGAAAACUGUGCAAAAUCUGAAAAUACAAAUGACAUGGAAGGUGCCGAGAUUCACAACACAGCAAAAGACGAUAGCAGAAAACCCGAGGUGGGUGAGGACAAGCUGUGUGCCCCAGACUUUCCAAAACCUGAGGUGGGUGAGGACAAGCUGUGUGCACCAGACUUUCCAUUCCUGCCUGCUUCUAGAGGAUUCUGCAUCACAAUGAAUAAAAACCUCGCCCAGUUAAAGGAACAACUUACAACACUAGAAUCCUGAUGUUGAAGCAGAUGUAAUAUCUCAUUCCCUUGUCAAAUAGUUAGGGCUACUGUUUCUAUGGUUCAAAUAUAUUUAAAACUUUGUUAAUUUUGUUACCUGUGUAAAAAUCUGGCUUCAGCCAGUGUUUGGGAUGAUGUAAUGGCAUUUUUCUGUCCUAAUUUAUCUGAUGUCCAUGUGAUUCAGCCAUCACAAACUAACUUUUUGUUUUUGUCUUUUGAAGAAUAGUGGUUGCAUGAUGGAGAAUCUCUUCUGUGUUUAAUCUUCUGUAGCUCCGUCUGAGAUAGUUGGACGAUAUUCUAGUCUAAGGGCGCUCCACAUGCAGUUAGUAUAUUUAGAAACAGUUAUUAUAUUUGAGUUUGUCAUAAAGUUUUUAAGUGAAAAGAAAACUUUCUGUAGGAAGUUUUACUUAAAAACAUGUUCUUGGAGUUCAGUGAUUCAGUGAUACUUCAAAUAGUGUUCUGACCCAUUUAGUUAACGACUUGGCAAUCCACCAAAAACAUAAGCUACUUUUUAUUGUACAAGGUUGUUGAUUUGUUUUCCAUUAUUUAUAAUCAAAAGUGCUCUGUAAGUUUGACAGAUAUGAAUCUGAUUGUAACAAUCUAUUGUUACAGUUAUAGAAAUGAUACUUUUUAUUACAUAUACUUUACAAUUAUCAUGCAUAAGUUCCUGCACAUAUAAACAUUUCUAUGGCGAUUUUGUUUAUCCCACUCAGAGAUGAUUAAUGCAUGUUCAACAGAUUGCCUAGAAUUUAACGGCUUUGUUCAAUUACAGACAUUCUGUCAAAAGAUUUUUUGUGGUAUUUGUGACAAGUUAAGAUUUUAUGCUGUCAGUUACCUACAUUUACUGUAAAGCUCUUUUUAUCAGAGUGUUUACAUUUUCAUGCAUUAUUGAAUUUCAUUAAUAAUUUGGUGACCGUAGUAAGUGCUAAGCAAAAACUUUGGAAAACCAAAACAAUGUAAAAACAUUCAGAAUUUCUCUGUUGAAAAUUCAUUAACAAAAAGAAACCCUAUUUUCGAAAAUCGGCGGUGCAAUGUGUUUACCAUUGUCUUAAGUUGGUCCGGUUAAUUUUUAGGUAUUUUGUGUUUAAAUUCAAGUACACUGUACACUGAAUAUACACCACAAUCAGUUAAAAUGUCCACUUUAAUAUUUCAGAAUUCAGUUUAUCUAUUUUUUCACUUUAUUGAUAAUACUUUGAUAGUUCACAAAUAGUGUUAAGAGGUUAUUGAAAGAUAAAAAUCCUCAGCUGCAAUGUUUUUACAAUAUUGUGUGUUAUUUCUGAAAUUUUGAUAAAUUCACAGUAUUUUUUCGUUGAGGAAAAUAAUUCGAAGAUACAGUAUGUUUUUUCAGUGUUGUUACACACUCACUGUUAUUUCAAUGCAGGUGAAAUGUUUUAGAAAGCAAUGCUGAUUGACACAUGAAUUUCAUGUCUUUUGGAACCAUUUGAAAUUUUUCAUGAGCCUGUAUGAUACACAAACAAGUUUUUUUAAUCUUUUUUCCCCAUUUUGGAUGGCAUUGUAUGAUAUAUAUUGUAAGGUUCACUCAAAUCACUCUUCAAAAUUUCUGCAAAAAAUUUAUCCAUAGAGCAGAUUGUCUUAAUACUUGAUGUCCAGUACCUCCCCACUCGUGGUUUGGAAAGAGUAAUAGCAUGCAUGAUAUUGAUCAGGGUGCAUGCAGAAAUGUUGUUUCGUAUUACUGAUGUGUGCUCCUUGUGAUAAACAAUUAGAAUGGAUGUUUGCUUUUGUAGUGUUUUUAAUAGUCCAGAGGUUUUCCGCAUUUAUUUUCGUAUGUAUGGUAUACAUCGGACAGGAAUUGCUUCUAUGAAAAACUUAAUUUAAUUGUCAUAUUCCAAAAAAUAAAACCAUGCUGUGAUGUGUAAACACUUGAUUUCAUCUGUGAUUAGAUCUGAGGUAGAGAAAUAUAUUGCCAUGCAUAUGUAACUCAGUGGAUGUCUUUCCUUGCAGAUUAUGUAUAUGGAAAUUGUGUUGUCUAUAUAUUAUACUAUAUAGGCCUAGCUAUAUUAUAGGGCCCGGUAUUCUGUAUACUGGAUGAGUGCCGAAAUUAUUUCUAGCUCUGUCAUUUUAUUUACUGUGAUCAAAGCAGACCUCAGUGUGUUAUGUUGAACAUUCCAGGUGAUUGAAAUGUUUCUCAUCCAUGGCUAUAUUUCAGCCCACAGGAACUAGAGACUAAAAUACAAUGGUUGUAACAAUGGUAUCAUAAAGUUGGUAAUUCUUACCAUCAUAGUAUUUUAGUGUGUCCAGGUUCUGUGGUUAAAUCAGUGCUAUUUCAUAUCCUUGGCUAGUGAAAUCCACAGGGGCCAGAUGCAAUGAUUAUAGGAACAGUAUUACGUUGUAGUGUUAUCUAUCAAAAUUAAUUGUAUCCAGCCCCUGUGAUAAUUUAGUAUUAUACUAGACAUGGGACAUGGCUAUUUGAUAUUUUUCCAUUGUAACAUUGUAGGCACAGAUCUUGACUUAAAGUGAAGAGUGGUGAUUAAAGCUAUGUUGCACGCUCA